AUGCAUGUACUCGUUCGAAGCAACGGUGUGACGGCCAAAGACCGUGAGCGCCACGACGCGUGUCACUAUUUCAAAACUGUUCACAAGCGCGGCCGACGACCGCGCUCGAGCUCAAUUCUCAAUUUCAGUUACCAGGACGUUGGCUCUUCCAACCAAGAAUCUCUUCAAGAUUUGACUACAAGUCCAACUAGUGCAGACUUAUUAGCGAGUAGCACAUCGUUGCAGGAUGUUUCAGAUGUCGCAGGCUCAGAAGAACGCCCAGUCUCCGAAUCAAGCCCCCAUGCCGACGAUGCCACGCAACCUGAAAGCUCAGUUAACGCAGAAUUUGGAACGAUACCUCAAGUCAAUUUACCAUCAAAAAGCACAUUCGAUGGUAUCCUUUCAGCCCCAUUAAGCGACACUAGAUUCAAAGCUAAUGAGGCCACAUUUGCAUCCGGGCAGACGCCAAUUGACACAGAAUUCCCAAUUCCCGCCACUCGGCAGCCAUUAUAUGAGGUUGUUCCAAGCUUACUCUCUGCCGGAUUUUCGAUGCGAAAGCCAUAUCGCUGCCUUGAGCCCAUCUUGCUAUCCCUGGAAGGUAUUUUGUCGCCCGAUGAAGCAUCCGAAAUGCUUGAAAUAUACUUCAAUGACGGGGGCAGUUCCCCCUUCAAGUCCACGUCGCCUUAUAUGCUUGUCCAUGUCUUGCAUCCAUCAUCUGUGCUUCAUCCUACAGACCCCCGUCCAACAUCCCCAGCACUCAUUGCUGUGAUACUGUUUUCUGUUGCACAAACUGCGGAUAUGAAAUUGUUUGAUGCCCCUGGAAUGCGUGAACGUACAAUUAUGGGCCUUUAUCACCUUUCGCUUGAUUUGCUUCAAUCAGAAGAUCCGGAUAAUUAUUUCAGAACCUCCGAUGGCUGGCAGUUCCAUCCUCAUCCGAACAGUAUUCCUCCCAGUAUAGAUCGGCAACCAUCCGGGAAAACAAUACUACCAAAGCAGCUUGGUUCAACAGAUACUAUCCUCGCAGUCGUCAUCUUAACUAUAACAAUAUCCGGUGGUCAUUAUAAAGCAGACUCUCUCAAAUGGAUAGACAAGCUCUUUCGAUUAGUUAGGGCGAGUGGACUGAGUCUAGAAGAUCAAGACAUUGAUCUAGGCCCUGUCUUCUGCGGACUAUACAACGGUGACGAUACUUUCCGACGAUGGAUGAUAGCAAAAGAAGAGCGCAGGCGGCUCUUUUGGUUUAUCUACUGUCUCGAUAGACAUAUUGCGCUUUCUUUCAAUAUGCGAUUGAGCAUCCCCGAAGGCACAUUCUGUGUUCGAGUACCAUUGCCUGAAAAUAUAUGGCAGUCUUUGGAGACCAUUGAUCUAUCUAAUAUUCAGACCUCACCAAUCGGCCCGCCUAUUCAAAUUUCCGGUUGUGGGUUCUUUGAAUACUUCCUACCCCUGGUUACCAUUUUAGGCCACAUAAUCGACUUGCAUCACUAUUGCAGUCACCCCAUUCUUGGUUCGAUAGCCCCACACGAUGCUAUUCGUCGGGUUGAAUCUAUGAUUUCCAAGCGCGAGCAGGAGCUGGUAGAGCUGGAGAGGCAAUUUGACGCAAUGCUCUCUGAAGAAAUAUGUGCCACGCCAUUUACAGGUCAAACCACCGGGUCCUCUUCACACAGCACAGAAGGCUACGGAACGCCCAGCAAGGGUGCCCCUUCGGAGACAAUAUUUCCUUUGGUCAAGGCAUACAGUACCUAUCUGUUGCAUGUCUUUUACAUACUUCUUCAUGGAAAAUGGGAUCCUAUAUUGAUGAUUGAAGACAAUGACGACUGGAUCACCUCAGAAAGAUUUUUGACAUGUGCCUCCCAUGCCCUGAGCGCGACGGAGGUGAUCUCACAAAUACUGACCCUUGAUCCUGAAAUGACUUUCAUGCCCUAUCUUUUUGGGAUUUAUCUUCUUCAGGGCAGUUUCAUUCUUCUUCUAUUCGUGGACCGUAUGCCAGAGCUUGGCCCGAACAGCUCUGUGGAAGAAGUCUGCGAGACCAUCAUUCGCGCACACGAAGUCAGCAUUGUCACUCUGGACACAACUUUUCAGAAAAAUUUCCGUAAAGUAUUCCGAUCCAUGCUAUACGAUGCCCAGCAAGUUGGUCCCCACUCCUGGGAUGAACACAAAGCACGACGGAGAGAGCUAUUAUCUUUGUACCGUUGGACACCAACGGCGCAUGGGCUCGCAUAUUGA